AUGUUACGCGUGGGUGGGGGCGUGACUUGCUUAUCUUUGUACUGUGCGUGGGAAGGAGCAUGGGCGCUUACAUUUCGUAAGCCUAUGGGUACCAGCUUUCUGCUGCAGUCUCGUAGUAGGGCCGAAGUAUUUUGUUUAAGAAAAUCUUUUCAAACGAAUACGCAAGAAUAUUUGUUUAACUGA